AUGAAUAUCUUCAGAUUUGCUGGCGAUAUGACUCACUUGAUCAGUAUCUUAAUCCUUCUUCUCAAAAUUUACGCGACUAAAUCCUGCGCUGGAAUCUCUCUCAAGACUCAAGAGCUGUAUGCGCUUGUGUUCUUGACUCGGUACUUGGAUCUGCUUACGGAUUACGUAUCUCUGUACAACAGCGUGAUGAAGAUUGUCUUCAUUGCCAGCUCUUUGGCUAUCGUUUGGUGUAUGCGUAGGCAUCCACUUGUGAGGAGGUCAUACGAUAAGGACCUGGACACAUUUCGUCAUCAGUAUGUCGUGUUAGCAUGUUUUGUUUUGGCACUUGUCCUGCAUGAAAAGUUCACAGUUCAAGAGGUAUUUUCAAAUGAAUUUCACAUAAUUGCAAUGCAAUACGUUAAGUCAGUGAAUUUGAAACCAUUGCAGGUAUUCUGGGCGUUUUCUAUCUACUUGGAGGCCGUUGCUAUCCUUCCCCAGUUGGUUCUGCUGCAGAGAAGUGGGAAUGUGGAUAAUUUGACCGGGCAGUAUGUUGUCUUUCUCGGGGCGUAUCGUGGACUCUAUAUCAUCAACUGGAUCUAUCGCUAUUUCACAGAAGAUCAUUUCACUAGAUGGAUCGCUUGUGUCUCCGGUCUUGUUCAAACAGCUCUCUAUGCGGAUUUCUUCUACUACUACUACUUAAGCUGGAAAACCAACACCAAACUUAAGCUCCCGGCUUGA